AGUAAUUCGUAACCAGUUAAAUGUCAAAAAAAAGUGUGUGAAGUGUUCAACGUCUCUUCAAUUAAGUAAUCAAUAUUUUUUAUGUAAUUCACUAUUUUUAGACGUUAUAUGUUUUAUAUUGGCACAAUAUACGAUCAAAAUAAUUGGUGUUGUGGCCUAUAUUUGUAUUCCUUUGUUCCGUGUUUACGUAUUUGGAAUCAUCGAAAUUAUAAUACAAUGUCAGGACCCAAAGAAAGACAUACUUAUGAAAGAGAUUCAAGCAGUGACACCGAAGAAUAUUUGGAAACAGAUGAUCGUAGACGAAGAGUAUUUAAAAAUCGUAUGAGGUCUCGUUUACACUGCACAUCCUUGGUUCCGACUAAAAAUCCAAUGAAUUCACAUGGACCGAAUAGAGAUACAAAUCAUGCGAAUACGAUAACAGCAUCUGGAAGCAGUUCUAAUGUGGCAUUACAACAAGUUGGUGUAAGUGAGGAACGAGUUACAUUGGUUGUUGACAAUACUCGAUUUGUGGUAGACCCAGCAUUGUUCACUGCACAUCCCAAUACAAUGCUGGGACGUAUGUUUAGCUCGGGAUUGGAAUUCGCUCACCCAAAUGAACGUGGUGAAUAUGAGGUUGCAGAAGGGAUUUCAGCAAUGGUAUUUAGAGCUAUUUUAGAAUAUUACAAGGGUGGAUUAAUUCGUUGCCCACCAACGGUUUCUGUUCAAGAAUUGCGAGAGGCUUGUGAUUAUUUGCUUGUGCCUUUUGAUGCACACACAGUUCGUUGCCAAAAUUUACGUGGACUGCUACAUGAACUUUCAAAUGAAGGUGCCCGAUGUCAGUUUGAAGUAUUUCUAGAAGAUCUUAUCUUACCAUUAAUGGUGAUAUCGGCCCAACGAGGUGAUCGUGAGUGUCAUGUUGUAGUACUUCUUGAUGAUGAUGUUGUAGAUUGGGAUGAAGAAUAUCCACCACAAAUGGGCGAAGAAUAUUCUCAAACCGUUAACAGCACUGCCAUGUACAGAUUUUUCAAGUACAUUGAAAACCGAGAUGUUGCUAAGCAAGUAAUGAAAGAAAGAGGUUUGAAAAAAAUACGUCUUGGAAUUGAAGGCUAUCCAACAUACAAAGAAAAAAUCAAAAAACGACCCGGUGGUCGGGCUGAAGUUAUUUAUAACUAUGUUCAACGGCCAUUUAUUCAUAUGUCUUGGGAAAAAGAGGAAGCGAAAAGUCGGCAUGUAGACUUUCAAUGUGUGAAAUCCAAAUCGGUAACAAAUUUAGCCGAAGCUACUGCAGAUCCAGUACUUGAGUUUGAUUCAGUUGGUAAUCCAAUAUCGGUGAUGAACGUUAAUUUACCGGAACCUUUGCCUUUGCCAUUAGCGGGCCCCGAACAAGAGGAAGGAGCUAUUGGAGGAUAUUUAGAAAAUGAGCAACCACAAUUAGAGGAGCAGUGAUUUGUUUUAUUAUAAAAUUGAUUCUGAUCAAAAUCUAUAUCAAUUAUAUAAUAUAUCCCGCAGUUUUAGUUUUCAAUACAGGCUUUAAACGUGUUAUGUGAUAUCUUUAUUUUUCUUUGAUGUAAAUCAAAUCGAUUUUCUUAAUUUAAUUUGUUGACAAAAAUAAUUCUUUUUAUAAUAGCACAUGAGAAAGAAGAAUAUUCUUAGAUCAUUUUUAAUCCCUAUUACAUAUGCAGUACUUAAUACUUGAUUGUAGAAAU